UAUCAGCUGAGUUGCAGCAUGUCGUUCACGUGUUUUUAAAAUUGUGAUCAAUAUAUGUAAUUAUCAUCUGUCUUUAAAAUUUUAAAAUGACAUCGAAUUCUUGUAAAGUUUGUGAUGGAACAGAUAUGAAUCUUGUCGAUGGCUACUACUACUGUGUGGAGUGUGGCACUCAAGAUGUAAAUGUUAGAGAGACUGUUGUGGAGCAAACAGUUCUAGCUGAUGGUACCUUCGCACAUACCACAGCUAAGAAGAUAACUACAGCUUUGCAAGAGACAAAUGAAAUGAGUCCAGAAUGGAACAAAUGGCAUGCUUACAACUUUAUUUUAGCCGGAUUGACAGAGGAAUUGUUGAACUUGGGAGCUGAACCCAGCGUGAAGAUGGCAAUACUAUGGAUUUGGACAAAAUACAUUAAAAUGUUUCAAGUGAAAGAAGUUGACAAGAACAAAAGUCAACUCGAUAACGAAAGUUUAAAUGAAACAAUAAAUUCUGUCGGAAAAGAAAAAGCUAAUAAUGCAAAUUCAGAUGAGUCUGAUAAUGAAAACGACAAAUCUUCAAUCGCCAAGACUUCUCAUAAUAAAAAUAAAAAAACAGAAAAAUUUCGACGUGACAUUAAAAUUGUAACAAAAGGGACAUUGUUAACAUUAAUAUAUAUAGCAUUAAAUUUAGAUAGAAGUGACAUCCAGCUAUCCCAUCUGCUGAGGUUCAUAAAAGAGGGUAGAUUAAGUUUGUAUAACUGUACAAAGUAUGUGCCAGAUGAAAUAAACACAAAGUCCAUCCCGCAUUGGAAGAAUUUCAUUCUGUGUCAAAACGAAUAUACCCCAAAAAUUAUUCGUACAUUAGCGAUGACUUUCUUCAAACGUCUCGAUCUAGGUGUUCCUCUUGUACCAGAUUUGAAUAAAAUGAUCACUAACUAUGUCAAGGAAUUAUGUUUACCGUGUGAAUUUAAAACUUUAGUAGUAUCGCUCAUGAAUCUCAUGCCAUGCGACUUUUUAAAACUGGAUACUAGGACUAAGCAAACAUUAGUUCGCAUACCCGAUUACGAAGGUGUUUGCAUGUCUUAUAUCCUGGUAGCUAUGAAAAUGUGUUUCGGUUUAGAUUCUCAAUAUGAAUUGAAAAUAUCAGAUCAGGUUGAUAAAAUCAAUUAUGAACAGAACUAUUUAAAGUCUUACAAACUCGGUUCAUAUUCAGACUCAACAGAGAGAUUAUUCUCAUUUCAAGAUUGGUAUCAGUUUUUACUAUUUAGAAAAACCAUAUUGUGUAAAUAUUACUUACCAAUGGCAAGAUUAUAUAAACUGCCAGUUGAAGAUUCUGUGUUAAUGGAACAUUUGAAUGAGAGAAAAUCAAGGACUAUAAAGUUAAGUGAUAAUGUAACGAUGGACAUCAUAAACAAGAUCACAGUCGAAAAAACCGUAUCAUUUAUUCCUAAAAAAGAAUUCCACGCCACUUUAACACCUAUGUCUGCGUAUACGGAAGUUAUAUUAGAAUACUUACAAGAUCCGGACCUGCGAUUACUUCUCAGCGAAGAUUUCACUCAAUAUUCUCUCAAAUACGCCGUUAAGGAUUUAAAAUUUCCUGAAAAAUAUGAUGACGCUAAUAACAUUAUUCAGGGUGUUAGCGAGAACAAUAAACGUAUAAAUCCUUAUAUAAUUGGAACCUUGAAAUCAUCCAAAGGGAACACUACUAUGGUAUUCGUUAGAAAUUGUGAAAAUAAACACUGGUUAAAAACCAAACCACCUACAACAGAUCACGUUACCAAAGAAGAAAUUAAUAUCAAUAAUGAUAAAGACAGUGAUCAUGGAUACGAUUCUUACGCAGAAUGCACACCCUUUGAAAGUGAUGAAACAAUGAGUGACGACUCAAAGGGGAAUAUUAAGGUGAAAGAAGAAAAUGACGUUGAACUGUUAGACGAAGAAGAUGAAGGUAUUUGUAUAUUUGAUGACGAUUUUAGCGACGUGAAUGAUUUUCAAAAAGAUAAAAAAAACUAUACAUUUGAGGAUUCGAAAAACAUUGCCGAAUUUCGAAAUGAUUACGUAAACGAUUUUCAAGAUAGUAAACUAGAUUUUAACGACAGAUUAAGUGAACAAGGCUCUAUCAACUCGGAAGACGGUUAUUAUAAUCCGAACACAUUUGACAGAAAUUCAAUUAUAAAGAGAUUAAUAGAAAUGGCUUGCAGAAAAUAUAAAAUACCAUUACCAAGGGAAAAACUGCCAGUUUCGAAAAAGCGAAAGAAUAUAUAUGAAAAUCAAGAGGCUGGUGAAACCAAAGUAAAAAGGAAGAAAGUUGAUGUGUUAAUGGGUCAAAGCGAAUCGAAAGGUUCAGUUAAAGAAAUAAUUGAAGAGUAUUAUAAAAGCCUAGAAAACGACGUGUUAGAAAAAAUAACGGAGCAUGUUAUACAUAACCAAGAAAAUCAGGAAUUAGCAAAUAAUGAAACAUUUGACAAUAAUCAGUGUGAUAAUUUAGAAGAUACUAAAAUAGAAAUUUGCGAUAGUAAACUAGAAGAAAACAAUAUCAAUGAACAUGAUAUAGAUGAUAAGAAUUCGUCAGUUAUAAGUAGCAUUCGUCCAAAUAUAACAAUAAAUAAUACAAUAUCAGACGAAGAUGAAACCACAGAAGACGUAAUGCCAAAAACGCAAUAUAAUCCAAAAUUCGACGAUUCAACUCACCAUAUCGAGCAAUUAUACUUAAAAAUGAAUUCAGGCAUAGAAUUUAAUUAUAGUUUUAAAUUCGAGGAUGAUUCAGAGCUUGUCGAGAUAAUUGAUAAGACAAUAGAAAACUUUACAAUUAGUGAAUCUAAACAAAAUGAAUCAAAACAUACAAACAGCGACAGUGAUUCUGAAGAUGAUAUACCAUUAAGUGAAAUUGCAAAUGAAAAAUUAUCACGUUUGGAAAAAAAUAGUAGAAAGCGUGUUAAGCGUGAAAAUCUCGUUACUAAUAUAGAAUUAGAAAAGUUCAAUUACUGGACGAGACAUUACAAAUCACGAGCCGUUACCCGCAGCUUGGAUAUGAGUGAAAAAUUUGAUAUUGAAAUUAUGGAAAACUGUCCAAAAAGUUUCGUCUUUGUGAUACGCGAAUGCGCCGCUAUUUUAGACUGUACGACCUUUCGUCUUUAUAAGUGCAUGCAGAAUUUAGAAGAAUCGUUAUUAAGUUUUUCUGAUAAAUAGAUCACUUUUAUAUUUAAGCACUAUU